GUAUGCUCAAUAAUUAAUCCACUAAACUCUCUCUGUCUCUCUUUCUCUCUACCCUUUCCAAACCUCACAAAAGUUAUUGAACAAUAAAAAAUACAAGCCUAAACAUCAUCUUAAUGUACCUUACUCCUAAAUUAAAAAAAAAAAUGCACACCCAUUUUCUUCUUCCAUUCUCCACUUCAUGUCAAACUAAAAGAUUUCACACAUUUACAAUAAACCAAACAUGUCCUCAAUUCCAUACAACAUUAUUUCAAUGUGACAUGACUUAUGUGAAGAAAACAUGGAAAUAGAAAUAGAAGAGCUUGAGACAAUAAAUUCACGACGAGGUUCACUAAGAAUUCCAAGAACUUCUUCAAUAGAAAGAAGUGAUUCAGAAAUCAAUGACAAUUUACAAUACACAAGCUUAAAAGACAUUAUGUGCAAUACACCAACAAGGUGUUCAACGUUAUUAUUAUAUGAAGGAAAUGUUUUUGACUCAAACAUUGCUAUUAGGAACGAGUUGGUUAAACGUGCAGCUUCGGUUUAUUUACAAUCUGCAGCACUUUUGGCAACUAGAAACCAAAAUUGUAUUGUGGCUUUUUGGGAAAGGGUAAAGAGUAAGGCUACUUCAUGGUGGAGGCUUUUUGGUGGGAACACAAUAAGGGCUUGUGUUUGGCCUGUUUUCCGAUAUCUUAAUCACAUGGUCAGGUUUCGGUCAUUGCCAUGAAAUCAAAUGCUCUUUUUGGGUCUUAUAUUUUUUUUAUAGUCGAAACUUAAUAGGUUAGAUUAUAUUAAUUUUCAGGAUGAAAUCUGAAAAGUUUUGGUAUUAUAUAACUUCAUGGGCUUGUCCUUUUGAAGUUUUGAUGGCAUUGUUUAAAUUUUUUUUUUUAAGGUGAUCACAUUGU